UUUUUCUGUUUUUUGUUGUUCAAAAACUGUCAAUACUCCACCAAACCAACGGUCGUCAUCCUUCAUUUUCAAUAUUUUCAUUUAAUUUCGUUUUUUUUUUUGUGCUACUGUUACCACAAAUUAUUUUUAAUAUAAUUUAAACUUGAAUAGGGAUUAGUAAAAAUCGUCGAAAAUGUCUAAACAGCGAAAAACGGAGGAGCUAGUGGAGAAGCACAUGAAAACCAUCACAAUCCCUCCAAUACCAGGCCUGGAAAAGAGUACUAAGGAAUUGGUAACGAAAAUGAUUGACCAUCCUGCUUUCAACAAUCCAAACUAUAAGUGGAGCCUGGACGACUAUGAAUUAGGAAAGCGCCUGGGAAGAGGUAAAUUUGGCAGAGUAUUUUUGGCGCGUGAGAGACGCAGUGGAUUUAUAGUUGCCCUAAAGACACUAUUGAAAAAGGAACUUGUUUUGGGGCGCGUCGAAAAACUAACAUUGAGAGAAAUUGAAAUUCAAAGCCACUUGAAACAUCCCAACAUACUCCAGCUUCUAGCCUGGUUCCACGAUUCUCACAGAAUUUACUUAGUCUUGGAAUAUGCUGGAAAAGGAGAGAUAUACAACCAUUUGAAAAAUUCUGCUAAUGGCAGAUUUGAUGAUCGCAGAUCUGCGAAAUACGUGUAUCAAGUUGCUGAUGCUCUGGAUUAUUGCCAUCAGAACCACGUUAUUCACAGGGAUAUCAAACCUGAAAACUUGCUGCUGACUAUUACUGAUGAUGUUAAGUUGGCUGAUUUCGGUUGGUCUGUUCACUCGCCUUCAAUGAAAAGAAACACUAUGUGUGGUACUUUGGAUUACUUACCACCAGAAAUGGUUGACAACAAAGAUUAUAGACAUCAUGUUGAUAAUUGGUGUUUGGGAAUUUUAUGCUAUGAAUUUUUGCAUGGUUACCCUCCGUUUGAAGGCAAAGAGGAACAAGAAACUUAUCAACGAAUUAGAAUGAGAGAUUUGCGUUUUGGUGAACACAUUAUUGACAAUGCCAAACAUUUUAUUUCAAACCUGGUCGUCAUUAAAGGUGAGAAAAGAAUGUCCUUGAAAGAGGCUAUGAGCCAUCCAUGGAUUUUGGAGAACUGGGUUAAAACCGGAAAAAAAUAAAGUUUCACUUUAAAUCGGAGUCAAUUGGAUUUUUAUUAAUUCUUGAUUUUCCAUCUAAUCGGUUCUGACUUAUAACUUUUUCGUUUGUGUUUAGUUUAUAUUUUUUUAGUAUUGCAUUAUCCUUAUGGUAAAAAAAUAGUGCCACGCUACAAAUAAUCAUUAGUCAAUUAGAUCGUUCAAAAUUAUUUCCAAUCAUCUGAUUUUCUUUUGAUUAAUUUGGUGCAUAUUUUUUUUGAUUUAUGUAUUUAGUAUUCUAUGUGUUUUGUCACUGUCACAACUAAAUUUAGUCUACAAUGAGAAGUGUUUUUUUUUGUACAAAUUUUGUGAUAGUGUUAUUAAUAA